GAGGCCCCGGCCCCUCUGCGGCUCACUCAGCCCAGCCCCGGCCUCUUUGUGCCCUCGCGGGCUUCUCCCUCGGCACCUGCCCGUCCCCUCAGCGCCGCCGGGCCUCCUCCCCUGAGGGGGUGCUGGACACAAAGUCAGCCUGCGACUUCUGUGCUGGGCACCUGAGGAAUCAGACUAAAGAAUAAUGUAUGGAAGUUUCUGACAUCAUGACAACCAUCAGACAGAGAAAGGGAAUAAAAGUCACAGAAGUUGCAGAAGAUCAUCUUUCACAGAAGAAAAAUGUGAAGUCUGAUGGGAGAGUUCCAUCUGGUGGAAAACUAUGGAAGAGAUUUUCGCUUAUAGUUGGUGGAAUAGUUGCUGUCUCCCUUGGGCUUCUUACUUCUCUUUAUGUUGCUACACUACAUGAGAAUGAUCUUUGGUUUUCCAAUAUUAAGGAAGUAGAACGAGAAAUUUCAUUCAGGACAGAAUGUGGACUGUAUUACUCCUACUAUAAACAGAUGCUGCAGGCUCCAUCCAUCCGACAAGGAUUACAUGACCUAGUACAUGACAAUAAAACAGAAUCUCUGAGGACAAUCAACAUACUUGAACGAAUGAAUGUUUACCAGGAGGUGUUUCUCAGCAUUCUUUAUAAGAUUCUUCCUAUUCAGCGAUACUUAGAGCCUGUUUAUUUUUAUAUCUAUACUUUGUUUGGACUUCAGGCUCUUUAUGUCAUUGCUUUGUACAUAACCAGCUGGCUUCUCAGCGGAACAUGGCUUUCAGGCUUAUUAGCAGCUUUCUGGUAUAUUAUCAACAGAAUAGAUACUACAAGAGUAGAAUUCACCAUUCCGUUAAGAGAGAAUUGGGCACUGCCAUUCUUUGCAGUUCAAAUAGCAGCAAUCACACACCUCCUCAGACCUCAUUUACAACCUCUUCAUGAAAGGCUGACACUUCUGGUGGUGUUUUUAUCAACAUUCCUCUUUAGCCUGACUUGGCAAUUUAAUCAGUUUAUGAUGUUGAUACAAGCAUUAGUAUUAUUUAUAUUGGACUCUCUUGACAUGCUUCCCACAGCAAAGGUCAUGAUGCUCUAUAUUAUACAAGUAACUGGCUUACUACUGGUCUGUAUUCUACAGUUCUUUAAUUCCAUGAUUCUUGGAUCAUUAGUUAUAAGUUUUAAUGUUUCUGUCUUGCUAGCAAGAACAAUUCAGAGAAACCUAAAAACUGGAGGCUUGUUAAAUAGGCUGGGGAAGCUUUUCCUCCAUGUACUCUUGGUAUUAUGUUUGACACUUCUUGUAAAUAACUUUAUUAAGAAAAUUCUUAAUCUUGAGUCAGAUGAACAUAUAUUUAAAUUCUUGAAAGCAAAAUUUGGAUUUGGAUCAACGAGAGAUUUUGAUGCUAACCUAUACCUCUGUGAAGAAGCUUUUGGUUUGCUGCCAUUAAAUACUUUCUCAAGACUCUCAGAUACAUUUCUUUUUUAUGCCUACAUAUUUGUCCUCUUCCCUAUUAUGAUAACAGCUGCUGUUGUUGCUUUUCAAAAUCUCAGUGGCUCAGCUAAUGUCCAGCCUAUUGAUAAAAUGGAAAAAUGCACAGUAGCUCUCAAGCCUGGAGCUGCCUACAAUUUAAUUCACACAGUCCUGUUUGGAUGCCUGGCUUUAAGCACAAUGAGAAUGAAAUAUCUUUGGACAUCUCAUAUGUGUGUAUUUGCAUCUUUUGGUUUGUGCAGUACUGAAGUUUGGGGAUUUAUCCUGAAAUCUGUUCAUCUGAACACACCGCAGAGGAUAUGUGUGAUUAAAUAUUUGGUACCAAUAGCAACAUUGCUGUACCUUUCCCAUAAGUUCUGGCCAGGAAUGAUGGAUGAGCUGUCAGAGCUGAGGGAGUUCUAUGACCCAGACACAGUGGAGCUGAUGAACUGGAUUAAGUCCAACACUCCUAAGACAGCAGCAUUUGCUGGGAGCAUGCAGCUAUUAGCAGGAGUUAAAUUGUGCACUGGAAGGAUCUUAACUAAUCAUCCGCAUUAUGAGGACAAGAGUCUGCGAGAGAGAACAAAACAGGUUUAUCAGAUAUAUGCAAAGAGAUCUCCAGAGGAAGUAUACCAAACACUGAGGUCUUUUGGCACGGACUAUGUGAUCUUGGAGGACAGCAUAUGUUACGAAAGACGGCACAGCAGAGGCUGUCGGUUACGUGACCUACUUGAUAUAGCUAAUGGUCAUAUCAUGGAUGGCGUAGGAGACAAUGAACCCAAUUUGAAGCCUUCAGCAUAUCCUCGCUUUUGUGAGGAAAUUAAAAAAAACUUACCUGCAUAUACCUUAUACUUUACUCGAGUAUUUCAGAACAAAACAUUCCAUGUUUACAAGCUCACUAAGCAUAAAUAGCAUGAAUUCCCAACUGUGGCUCAAGUUUAAUAUUUUAAUACUUAGUCCACAAGGGGAAGUGUUGAAGACGUUUACAGAAGUGUUACAUUUCUAAAGGCAUUUUACAUUGAUUGUUGCUUGGUUAAUUACUGUGAUUCCUAGGUUAGUUUCAGACAGUUUAGUUUUGAUAACAUUCUUGACAUUGCCAAAAUUUUCAUAGAUUUUUACACUAAUGCUAGCAGGGGACCACCAUAAUUGAGUCUGAUCUCUACACAUACAGGCCACAGAAUUUUUCCAGAAGCUGAAUUUUAUGUUUAGCUCACUGAAAAAUAUAGACAGAACAGGUUUGCCUAUUUGCCUCAGAACUGCAGAAUGAUCAAGCUGUAUAAUUCUGCUCAGGGGUUUGGAUAUUCUACUGUAAGCUGAACAUGAUAAAAAUUUAGUGAAGGCAGGUAUGCCUCGCUGUCUCAUUACUAAAUAUGCAUUAGCCUCAGUUGUCCAAACUGAUACUUCAAGAUGGACCACGUUGCUUAAGCAGAGCCUCUCUUUUUAGUUCCAUGGUGCUCUGUAUGGGUGUAAAGCUCCCAGCAUGUGCAUCUGAUUGAAAAUCAGAGCCUUUUGUAGUGAAAACACUGUGGAGAAUAAAGUAGUUUUUAUUGUUGUUUUAACACUUUACUUAUACAGAUGUGUGUUGCCUGUUUUUAUGCUGUUUUAACUUUUGAUGAUGGGUCUUUGUGUAUCUCUUGUGAGUCUUUCAUGCUGGAGCAUGUUGCUGUAUGUGGCACGUUGGUAAUCUCUUAAUUUAAAAUACUCACCAUGAGUAAAUGAUAACAAAAAAAUUCUCCGCUGGGAUUCUCACAACACUAUUUAUUAUCUGUACUCUGCACUAAUGGGAGAUUUUUCUCUAAGUGAAUCUCCUCCAAUAGCUGGUGCAGAAUACUGAAGUUGAACGCUGCCAGUAUGAUAUGGGGAGUGUUUUGCCUUGACAGUAACAGAAGUUUGUAUGCGAAUGUGCACCUGCAUAAGCAUGUCUCGGAGCCUUGCUUUUUAGUAUUCGAGACACAAAAAAACAGGUCUCUUUUCUUUAAAAAAAAAUUAAAAAGCACACAAUCACUGUUUCCCUCCUCUUCACCCUCAGAAUCUAGAGCUGAUUUGGGGCUGACAAUGAAGAUGCAGCUUAACUUAAAAACCUUUGAAAACUUUGUGUUUUUGUUUUUAACCUUUGUAUUUCUCCCAGGCUAGAACUUUAUUAAUUCUAUCAACUUUUUUAACUGUUGUGUAGGAAACAUGUCACUUCUACAGUGUCUUGGUGCAGCUGAUUGUUUUUAUACGAAAUGUAGAGACUAGGUCUGUGUGAAAACCUAACAACACUUUGCAACCUUACCUAGGCACCUGCUAAUGUUAGUAGUUCCUUAUGAAAAGCAAAAGAGUGAUAAUCAAGUAAGUGCCUCUAGGCCAAUGCUGAAUUAACAUUUGAACACCUAUAGGAGUGUAUGUGGCCUGCUCAGAUAAUUCAUUUAUGUUAAUUACUGUUGCAAUUAAUUUCUAAUGAUAGGAAACUUAAAGUGGUACUCAUAGCACACUCAACAUUUAAUUUAAUCAAGAUGUGUAAUGAGAUUAACUUUCACAACUGAGCUAUGUUCCAAUUCCAAAUGAUUUAAAUGUUUUCCCUUUGUAGUUGUACUGAGGUAAAUUACUGCAGGGGUAGAGAUGGUCAUAUCACAUGCUCAAACAAUUUUAUAUUCAGUAAAUACUCAUUAAGCAGCAUUCCACAUCUUUCUGCACUUUCAUGUGAACACAAAAGGAAAGUGUGCUUUAAUCAAACUGUAUUUAAAUCAAACAUUGACAGUAGCAAGGUUGUUAAACUGAAUGACUGAAACUCCUGAAUAAUUUCUAUCCUGUAUUCCUUAAUGAGGUUGGAGACCAGCGCAGUUUAACAUAAUACAAUAAUAAAACGUUUUAAUCAGUAUUAAAACUUUAAUUAAGCCCGUAAUGAUGCAUGUCUGUUCUUGCUGACAGCAUGGGUCAGUAAAUUCCUCAAUGAGUGCCUUGCAGUAAUUGAAAACAAGCACAUGUAAGGUACAGUGUGUCUAGAUCCAUGUUGUCUUAUUUUAAAAUGCAGUAGUAUCUUUUUAAAGGUGCAGUAUCUUUGCUGUAAUUAAAUUAAAUAUUACAGCAUAAAACAGCUUUUUGAUUCCAGGAGUCACGCUUGCAGACACAAUACAAUUAAGCAUAGAAAAUCCAGACUCCAGCCAUUUAUUUUUAAAUAGAUUAUAUGUUUUCUAUUUUUAAUACAGGCUCUUAUUUAAAGUUGCCAAAAAAAUCCAAGUCUCUUAAAGAAUCAAUGAAGUGCCAAAAGACAUUUAUAUAGUAGAGCCCAAGAUAACUUUGUUCUUUGGAAACCAUCAGAAACAUGGUUCUUGAUUUCCAGACCCGAAACCAAAAGGGAAUUCAAUUUGUAUAAUACAGAAUUUCCAAAGGCAUAAGAAAGAAGACCUUUGAAACAUGUUUAAAUGUUUUGUAGUUUCUGAAAUCACCAGUCAUUUGAGCCCUUAAGGCUUAAAUAUGCUUUACGCCUAAAUUUUCUGGCACCCAAAAGAAUUAAUGCAUAGAUGGAAAGGCAUGUUACAUGGCUAUGGCACUAAUUAACCAUAUGGCUGUGCCAACUCCUUAAAAUAGUAAAUAAGGAAAAGCCAAAUAUAACAGAAGCAAAACACCAGCUGGAGAAGGCAGGGCAGUGAACAGGGUUAUACUCCAAGCAAGUCACCUUAAGGGAGCAGCUGCUUCCCUCUCCCAGAUUUAAAAGGGAUGACUACCAAAGGAGAGCAUGCUGGGAAAGAGUUUGCCCAAUUGGAGACUUCAUUGGACUCAAGCAACCAGAAAGAUACCCUAGUAGCAAAGGGCUAAAUUCCCUCUCCUCUGGAGUUUUAAUAGCCAAAGCCUGGUUUGUUUGUUGGGGGGGGGGGUUGGAUAGUUAUGUUGUCUUUUUUGUUUCUUGCUGUGAUCAUGUUUGUGAAUUAAGAAUCUGAAUUCCUUUUAUAGACCUCUGCCUGUGCUUGAAGUGCAACUCACCCCACACCUUCACAGAGCCUAGUGGUUAUUGCGGCACUUCUCUCUGGUUGUACUAAAUCUGAUCCGCCUGUAUAAACUAUGGCAAUUUUUGUUUGUUUAGGCAUAUCUAUAAAUAAGUAAUUUGAUGACUCAUUGGAUACAUCACAUAACAUCCAUAGACAGCUCCUGAACCGAUAAAAACGAUGCAUUAGGGCCUUAAAGUACAAGGGUAGAGGACUUUUUAGAUCAGAAACCCAGGAUAUAUUUUUUAGGUGAGAAAAGCCUUUGGGAUUCAAAAGUGCGUUUCCAUUUCUGUUUUCAGUGUUUUGCUGGUGAGAGCUAACAUACAAUUGUUUUUAUAAAUAUAUUGUACUGAGAUGUUAUGACCAUUGUGUACUAAAUAAAGCUGUGUUCUUUUAAAUUCA